CUUCAAAGUAAUCGCUGUUUUGUUUACUCAACACUUGGAGUCCAGUGUUUUGACUUCGUGUGAAUACUGUGAAGGGUUGGAUCAAUUGGAUCAAUUAGAUGGCAAUCGAGGCAAUGGAGGGACCCCUUUGUAAAUGGACUAAUGUUAUGAAGGGUUGGCAAUACAGAUGGUUUGUUUUGGACGAUAACGCGGGUCUUCUCAGCUAUUAUACGUCCAAAGAAAAGAUGAUAAAAGGCGACCGAAGAGGUUGUGUUAGGCUUAAGGGCGCCGUCAUUGGCAUCGAUGACGAGGACGACAGCACUUUCACCAUCACUGUCGAUGGCAAGAUGUUUCACUUCCAGGUUGAGUGCCAAUUAAGUCUCAAUUCUUAG